GUCAUACUUCAUAGCUUACAGAGUCAAGUUCAUUCCAAAUAAGUGAAAUACGCUGUAUUUUAUACUUCGCACAAUGUUUUUGACUCCAGAUAACAACCUUACGUCACACACGGUUUUGUUUUGUGUAUUAAAUUACUUGCCAUACGUGUGUAUGUGUGUACGGUGUACGUUCGUAUGGAGUAACAGAUUUACAAGCUCUUUGUAUAUCCACAGUAAGUGCUUCCUCAAAUCAACAUGUGAAUAUGGCUAGUGAUUUCGCAGACGCAUGCGAUUGGCCAAGUUUGGGAAAUAAUCCUGAGAGGAGAUCGCAUAGUCCAAUAACUGCUCAAGCUUCAAGUGCCGCAUCGACGCUGAAAGACAAGGAUAAGCCGCUACAGGAAGAACCUGAUGAUAAGAAAAAAGCAACUAAACAGAAAUGGGUACCCCUAGACAUUGAUCUGAAGAAAACUAACAAGCAGGACAGGCGAAGAUCGGAUAGAUCUGGAGAUGCCCAGUCCACAGUAAGUGAGGGAGAUCGAGACUGGAGGGCUGAAAGAGAAAUGAAUGGUCACGUGAUUAGACAAGCAAGGCCAGCCUCUGCAGCACCUAGAGGUAGGGGUGGUAGAAGCCGGGGCGCUAGAAGAGCCCCUUUCAACCGACCUACCAACAGGUUGCCCAGUGAUCCAGACUAUCCCGAUUUCCCACUUGAAUAUCAUAUGUCAAGGUUCAGUGGAUCUCUAGAUGGCCACAAUUUUGUGGUUCCCUACAUGGGGACCUAUUAUUUCAACAGCAACAGUUACCUCAGCUUAGACGGGCCAACAUUGAAGGAAUAUAUUCGCAACCAAAUCGAGUACUAUUUCAGUGAUGAUAAUUUAAACAGGGACUUUUUUCUAAGAAGAAAAAUGGAUCCUGAGGGGUACCUUCCAGUUACCUUGAUAGCCUCAUUCCAUAGAGUACAAUCACUCACUAAUAACGUGGCCUUGAUUGUCGAAGCUAUCAGCUCUUCCGACAAAUUAGAAUUGUCUGCAGGCUUCAAGGUUCGCCCCAAGCAUGAUCCUCUUAAGUGGCCAAUUCUAGAUAAGUCUACUGAAAAAGACGACGAGAUAAUUGCCAAACUUGUGCCUCCACCACCUUUACCAAAAACACUUAGAGAAAGACAUGUAGAAAACUUGAAUCCCGAUGUCGCCGAGUUUAUUCCGCAUGAAAUAGAUGUGAAAAAAUUAAAUAAUAACAAUAACCAAGACUCCAUGGAAAUAAACAACAAGGAGAAUCAAAAUAACACUGAAAACACGAAUGAUGCAACAACCAUGAUGAAUGGGGUUGCCAUAAAUGAGGUGUCAGUGGGAGAAAAUAAGGCAAGCAGGAUCGAUGAAAACAACGAAAAAAACGAGGAUGAUACAAACUGGAUGCAGGUUAAAAGGAAGAAUAAGGAGAACAAGGGGAAAAAGGAGCAGAAGACCAAAAGUCUGGAACGUGAAGAGUUAGAUUUUGCAUUUGACGAGGAGCUAGAUCAAGAUGUGCCAACGGGACGACAGAAUACUUUUUCAAACGACUGGAACGCAGAAGAAGAUUCUGACGAACUGAGCGAUAGGGAUGUGAAUAAAUUGUUGAUUUUGACGCAGUCAACAUCAACUAGAGCGCCAAAACAUGAAGGAUACGAUCGUACUGGAGAUUGGACAACGCGCGUCAAAAUUUCACAAGACUUGGAACAAGCUAUCAACGAUGGACUAUAUUAUUAUGAAGAAGACCUAUGGAAUCACCAAGAAUACGAUAGAGGUUCUGUAGAAAGUUAUAAGACUGUUACCGUGAUUAGCCAAGAGGACUUUAAGAAAAUUGCCCCUCCAACACCGAAAAAACCAAACCCUGAGGUGCCUCCACCUCCGCCACCGAUUUUGGAUGACGGUGAAACAGCGGGAGCUACAACAUCCGACAAUAGGCGAGCUCCUUCGACCCCAGGUCAUCGUAACGUUCCUAGAUUCUAUGCUGUAGUCAAGGAUGACGCUACACCGGAUCCUUGUACGCCUAGGAAACGUAAAACGCGACAUUCCAGCAAUCCGCCUGUCGAACAACACGUCGGCUGGAUCAUGGAUGUCAGAGAACAUCGGUUCAGAACCACUUCUACUGGAAGCAGCUAUGGUACCAGCCCUAAUGAUGCUCACCUGGGCACAAGCUAUGGUAGCUAUGGUAGCUACGGUAGCAGUGUUCCUCAAUCUCUGCCGUCAUUCCAACAUCCAUCUCACGCAUUACUAAAGGAGAACAACUUCACCCAGCAGGCGUAUCAUAAGUUCAGAGCGAAAUGUCUCAAGGAACGUAAGAGGUUUGGCAUUGGUCAAUCCAAUGAGAUGAACACCUUAUUCCGAUUUUGGUCCUUCUUCCUACGAGAGAACUUCAACCGUACUAUGUAUAACGAAUUCAAAACCCUUGCCUUGGAGGAUGCUGAGCACGGCUACAGAUACGGCCUGGAAUGUCUCUUCAGAUUCUUCUCUUAUGGACUGGAGGUCAAAUUCCGACCGCAGCUUUAUGAAGACUUCCAAAUGGAAACCAUAAAAGAUUACGAGAAUGGACAACUAUAUGGCCUGGAGAAGUUUUGGGCGUUCCUUAAAUAUUACAAACACGGUAGCCACCUGACUGUCAAUCCUACUUUGAAUAAAUAUCUGUCAAAGUUUAAGACUAUAGAAGACUUCCGAGUCGUUGAGCCAAAAAUCAAUGAAGUAAUGCGUGGAGGUAAAGGCAAACAGCAGAGGCAGCCAGUUAAAAGAAACAGAAGUGUUUCUGAAAGCCAGACAGCAGGACCUAGUACAUCAGACAAUAGAAGAGCAUCUGCGACAGUGCAAAGGAGUGACAUGCAGAACCAGCCUCAACCUGGCACGAGUGCCCCAGCCGGUACUGGUUUUAAGUACGCACGGACACGCACUGAGUCGAUUGGGUCUGGUAGAAUCAGGAUUAAUUCUACGGCUACAUCUACCCAACGUCACAGAAAUGAUUCCUGGAGGCAGAAGGAAAACAGAGCCCCUGCUACUGCAGGUGAGCCACUUGAUCACUUGAAGUAUUAAUUAACAUGUUCCAUCAGAACCCAAUUCAACUGAAAGCUGAAACCACUUACAGCCGGUGCGGUAACGCAAACGUUAAAAUACGCAUGUUACGGUAAUACAUUGCCGUAAAUGGAUCAAUUCACACGGGACGCCGUCGCAAGAUGUCGACGUCCACCGUUGAAAUCCUGACGUGCGGUGACUGCUUCGUCAACGACAUUUCGACGUUCCGACAGCGAAGCUGUACAUUAGAUUAUAUCAUUGAGUGCACACGAAGCAGUGCGUUGAAAAUGGCGUACGGUGAUAUAGACACUGAAAUAUUGAUUGCAGAGGUGAGGAGACAUGUAAUUCGUCAAACGACUUGGAACUCAUUCUAAAAUAAUUGAAAAACUUAUCCUCGUCAUUUUUCAGAUCCGAAAAAUCACGAAAUGCUCCUUUUAAUGCAGGGGCACUCAUAAGGGUGUACCCAGUAUUUUUUUCUUUUUACAAAUAUACUUAUGUACGUAAUAUGCAAAUAAAACACAUUCUUCAUGAUCAAAAUCCAUCUUGUUACGUUGCGUUACCGCACCGUCAAAACGCGUCCAUGUGUACCGGCUGUCAUGGCUAUUACAACUAAAGGGCAACUUUUUUCGACCUAACGAAAGAUUUUUACUGUAUUUUUCAUGUUUUACUGGUGGAAGAAAUGUCCAGAUAUGGUUUUCAUAAUAACAGUCUUCAGCUUAUACGAUGGCGGUCCGAUAAGUACAUAGCCUACAAAAUAAAAUGAACAUUUUACAAAAGUGGUGAUUUAUUUCUCAACAUAGUCUCCUUUUAGCUCGAUAAACUUGACCCAGCGAUGCUUCAACUUCUUUAACUCGUCUGAAAAAUACGUUUUCUAGAGGUUUGCAAAGUAGGACUCCGUGGCGGCGAUAACCUCCUCAUUCUCCAGGUAGUCGAUGUAGAUCACACCUUGUGAAUCCCAGAAAACGGUGGCCACCUUUCCGGCCGAUAGGAGAAGUCCACCGUUUUGACUGUAUCUUGGUCUCUGGUGUGUUCCAGUGGAUCCAUGUUUCGCGCUUGAUCAGCGUCAAACACGAUAGUACAUUUCUCUUACGAUAGUGGCGCCAUCGGCUAAGUACUUAUCGGACCGCCCUCGUAUCUUCAUACCUGGAUGACGGAACACUUUACGAAGCACUGCACAAAGAAAAAUCAGUCAUUUAGACGGUUAGGUUAGGGGUACCCCUGGGUUGCAUUGUAGGUCCCACUUUGUUCAACGUUCAGUACUAUAUGAAAGCGUUCGAUCAGCUGUGGCCCUCUUAAGCAAACUUCCAUCCUAUGGCCUUCCAGAAAAGCUUUGCAGAUGGGUGGCUGACUUUAUCUCCGGCCGCAAGAUAGCCGUCGUAAUUGACGGGUUCUCCUCUUCAUCCCACAACGUCAACGCGGGUGUUCCCUAGGGAUCGGUCUUGGCUCCGACACUGUUUCUCUUACAUAUCAACGACCUCCUUUCCUGCACGUUCAACCCAUUCCACAGCUUCGCUGAUCGCAGCACUCUACAUGCAGGAAUUCAGAGUGACAAGCCGAUCUCUGCCGCUGAGUUGGAAAAAAGAAGACUAGCGAUGACUUCCUCUCUGACAAGA